GUAAUUUCGAAUUGCAGUUCGCAGAAAGAGUACGGCAAUUAGAAACAGAUAUAUUACAUUGUAGCUUUUCAUCUCAGAGAAUGGCUGGAUUAACAAAUGAGGUAAGAGACAGGAGGAAUGAGUCAACCUGAAGAUCAUAGUGCUCGAGGUUGGGAUGAUGCUAUUAACAAUACAAUCAUUAGUAAUACCGAUUCAGAUAUUUUAAUGAAUACAAAAAAAUUAAUGAAGGAAACAUUGCCAAAGUUUUUAAAGGCUUUUUCAUUAACUACUCUUAACCCAUUGAGAGACAUAACUAUAUUAGAGAAACCGCACUUGAACCAGUUUGUACACCCAAUUAUGGACUCGGCAUUGUGGAUCUUUGCGAAAGUUUAUUAUAUAUACGGAGAAAUACCAUUGAAAGGUAUGAAAACUAAAGUACGUGCAGACGGUGUAGGAUUUCUUAAUGAUGUCAUCAAUUAUCCCAUUGUCUGUGGUGAAGGAGCGAGGCCUGGAGCAUCACAACAAAAAAGUGUUGAUGAUGAUGUAAAAAACGCAAAAAGUAUGGUAGAACUUUAUAAUAAUAUUGUCAUUUCAGAGGCUGAUGCUCAUCGACAACUAUUUACGGACUUGAAAACAUAUGGAAUUACUGCGUUCAAAACUGAGGUUUCGUUAACUAUGAUGGAUUUUCGCAGCACACACAGAUUGUUCGAAGUCGAUAAUUUCGGCCUACCAAGGGAUUGGGCUGAUAUGCCCAACUUUGUGUGGUUAUAUGAGGCGGUAAUAAAAUGGGCAUUAUGCGCUAAUGCAACACGUGGUGCGUUAAUUGAUCAUAGAAAGAAAAGAAGGUUAGGUCGGUACUCAGAAGCAAUCAACGCAAAAAAAUUAUCACGAUUAAGAAACUAAUAUUUUAUUGCUGUACUUUUUAUAUUAUCUUAAUAAAACAAACAUCUGUCAUCGAUAGA